AUGUGUUUGGCCGCUUGCAAGGAGUCGGGUCGUGAAGGUGUGGAAAAGGAGAUUAUCGUUGGGACCUUUGAUGCUGGUGAGAUAGCAGAUUCUAUUGAUGCCUUUAUCACUUGUGAUUAUGCAGCUUUGAUGCAGAUAGGCAAGUUGGAUAUUGAUGAUGUGUCUGUUUUUGAUUCUUACUUUUCUUCGCUUACCCAAUUUGCUUGGGAUAAGAAGCCUGCUGCUGUGGGGAGUUUGGCUAAGAAGCCAAGAAAUUCUCUUUGUAAAGGUUAUAAUCCUUUCCACCAAAAUGAGGCAGGGCUGAAAAGCCUGAUGUCGUGA